AUACUCACAAGCCAUUUUUUCUGUAGCAGACACCAUGCAGGAAGAGCUGUAGGGGGCAGGUCACCUACUCUGAAGGAUGAAAACACCCAGCAAAGCCGGAUUGGCCAGCUGCUGCUGGUCUGGUCCGCACCUGCCCCCACGCUCGCUCUCUGGGUUUACCCGUGGCCAGCUCUAAGCUCGACAAUUGCUGGGUCCACCUAAGAUCCAGGACUCCGGACUGUUAAGCUGGUGUGGAUGGACACCCGGACGCCGGAAGUUCCCUGUGGGGACUUGCUGCAGAACGCGGCUGAGACUCUACUUCUAGAGGUUGAAGAACAUUUCCGAGCUCUGACUACAACAUUAAACCUCAGAAUGGAAGAGAUGGGAAGUCGCAUCGAGGACUUACAGAAAAACGUGGAUGACCUCAUGACUCAGGCUGGGAUCGAGAAUUCUAUCAAAGAAUCAGCGACCUGAAGAUGUUAAACGAGUCAUGUGGGAUUGCUAAAUCAAAAACUAUGCCAUACGUCUGAGUAAUAAUAAUCUAUGCAAUGUGAAAUUUGAUGUUCAUUUUUAAAAAUUUUUUUUGACACUUGAAAUUAAACCCAGGGCCUAAACUGUAGGCAAGUGGCUACCAACGAGCUAUACCCUAACCCACUGAAAACUAAAAUUCACUUUAACAAAUGAAGAACAAAGCUGGGCCAUAACAGCACAUGCCUUCAAUCCCAGCACUUGGGUGGCAGAGGCAUGCAGCCAGCCUGGUCUACAGAAGGAGUUCCAGAACAGCCAGGGCUACACAGAGAGACCCUGUCUUGUAAAGCAAAUAAACAAAAUGAAAAGAAAAGCAAUAAAAUAAUAACAUAAUCCACAAGGUGACUAUUUACCCAUGACAAGACUUGUGAAAAAGGACAAAUUAUUGCAAAUCAUGGAAGAAUGCACACACACUAUUAGUUCAUACCUCGUCCAAAUUAAAUUUCUACUUGGCUUUAAAAGCGAUCAUAGCCUCCUGAUGUAGGUGCUUUUAGUUAUUUUUAUUUUUUGUAUUUUUCACACAGUACUAUUUUAUCACAUUCUCACCCUUCCUUCCCCUACUCCUCUCACAUCCUUCCCUCCCCACUCCCCCAGUUUCAGGGUUUUCUUUCUAUGCCUCUCUCUCUGCUUCCUGAGUGAUGGCAUCAAAGAUGUGUGCCACCACCACCUGGCCAAUGUUCUUCUAAAAGCAUAUGAGCCUGCUAAUACAUUUUUAAUU